AUGAUGUUUGCGCGGACUGAUUCGAGAUUCAAAUUUGACAUCAAAACCCUGCUCGUUAUUUUAAUGAACCUUUGUCCACCAAUCAGGGGUCAGAGUAAGAAACCACAUAUCGUCUUCAUCUUGGCAGACGAUUUAGGCUUCAAUGACAUCGGUUACCACAACUCCAAAAUCAAAACAGAAGUGUUGGAUGAAUUGGCCCGUACGGGAGUGACACUGGAAAAUUACUACGUUCAACCCAUUUGCACUCCAACACGAGCUCAGCUUUUAACAGGAAGAUACGACAUUCACACUGGCCUACAACAUGGCAUCGUCUGGCCUUCGCAGGCGAACGGUCUCCCGCGCAACGAAACCACAAUCGCUACGAAACUUAAAGAGAGCGGUUACAAGACACACAUAGUUGGGAAGUGGCAUCUUGGCUUCUAUCGGAAAGAAUUUCUUCCUACACGAAGAGGAUUUGAUUCUUUUUACGGGUUCCUAACAGGUGGACAAGAUUACUACACUCACAUCAACAGACUUGGCUUUCACAAGCCCGGAUACACGCACCUUAACGGCUAUGACUUUUGGCGAGAUGAAGAGGUCGAAAAAAAUGUCAUCGGCGAAUAUACCACGUUUCUUUUUGCUGAAGAGGUAGAGAGAAUCAUCAAAAAACAUGACCCGAAAGAUCCACUAUUUCUGUUCUUAUCAUUUCAAGCACCACACAUGCCCCUGCAAGUGCCAGAUAGGUUUUUGAAAAGGUAUGCUGAGAUAAAAGAUCGCAAGCGUCGCUUAUAUGCUGCCAUGGUUUCUUGCUUGGACGAGGCAGUUGGCAAUGUCACGAGCGCGCUGAAAGGGCGCGGUUUAUAG